AUGUAUGGACGAGACGCCUUUUCUUCUUCUGGAACCCGAAGUUACGGCUCACUUCGUCAUGGCAGCGGCCCCCUUGCAGGUUACACGCGCUCCACAACCGCCUCUCGCACAGGUGGUCUUGCUGAUCGGUACCUACAAACCGCUAACCGAGGUAGUGACUCUUCAAAGUUCAACAGUUUUACCAUACCCUCACGCACAAAUGAAUUGAAGUCGCGUUAUGAAAGUGCUGGUGGUGGUAAAUCGGAUGAUAUCAUAAUUCCCCCACCAGAAGAGAAGCCGAGAAUAAACAUUGGCGGGCGAUAUCUCCAACGAGUGAACUCUCGUGAAGGCACAGGUGAGGGCCUACCAGCUCGAAGCAGUUGGAGGGAAUCCGUCUAUGGAGUCCAAUACAAUCAGCCAACAGCCAGCACCACUCCUAACGCAACCACACUGCGGUCUGAUCGAAAGCUUCCGGAGAUAGAAAAAAAACGCAUGGAACAAGAAAAAAGAGUUCAGAAUGAUAAACUGAGACAGCAGAGCCGCGAUGAAGAACAGGAAGAAAAGAGAUCACGCCCAAUCACGAGAAGGAUCACUCGAGAGAAAGAUGGGGUGUCAGUUGUCGAUUGUGACUCUGACGUCCAUCAGCCACAAGCAAAACGACAAGAUUCGAAUACAAAAGAAAAGGACACUACAGAGAGCAAACCUCUUCCACGACAAUCCUCCUUCAAAGGUCCAGAGGUCUCGGGCUGGAAAGAGAAGAAUCGGGUCAACUUAAGGCAUAAAGGAGAGACGCAAAGUGUUCAAAACGAAGCCCAGAUAGCGGUGAAUUUCACAGAUUUCGACGAAUACCUCAGGGCGCAUUUGGGCGGGAAGGUGAAGGACUGUCCUUGGUGCACUUACUAUCCUGACACUGGGGUCGACGACAUGGGAGGAGAGGUGUCCAUUGUCUACAAAACGAAGAAAGCCAAGGAGUUGUUUACGAAGAUGCCAACGGAACUACAACACCUCGUGGUACGUGCACAAAAACGACCUGUUGGGUUUGCGGCAAUAAUGGAUUUAUGCAAAACUGAGAAGUUUGGGAAAGAGUUUUCGGUGGAAAGCGAGCACAAUUUUAAGGGCUAUAACGACGUCGCAUCGAUGAUGACGGAUUUUGGAUUUGAUAUGACAAAAAACGAUAAGGACCUGGUGCACGACUUUGUGACCCACUCCGGACUGACGUGCCUGGUUACGGUUGGUUCACAAUCUGAACACACUCACCAAAACUAUAUCCUUCGAGCCCUCGGUCAGCUGAUACUUUACGUUGAUGGAAUGGCCGGGGUGAGCGAACAUCCCGAAACCAUAAGGUGGCUCUAUUCCCUCCUAACCUGCAAAUUCUCCCUUGUAAAGAAAACUGCCCUUCACCUCCUCUCCGUGUUCGUUGGUUACGCUGAUACGAACGCCAAUAUCUUUGUAGAGACCGUUGAUGAUUUUCAUAAGUCGUCGAAGGUAAACGGUAAACCGUGGUCCUACAUCAUCGAACUGCUCAGGAAUGAAUCUGGUGACGUAGAGUUUUGCCGGCACACGAUGUUGCUCAUAAACAAAGUGCUGGCUGCGGUACCAGACCAAGAAACCUUCUACGACAUCACAGACAAUCUAGAGGAUCAAGGAAUGAAGGAAAUUGCGGACAAUUACCUCAAGCAACCAGACGCUGAUCCUAUACUAGUUGAACAAUUACUGAUUUACGAGUUAUGCACCGGGGAAACCCGUGAAACGACUAUGGAUAUUAUGGUCUGUUGUUUAAUUCUUCUACUUCAGGCAAGCCUAAUCUUUGAAGACGGUGGUUCAACAGACAAAAUUAACUUGGAAGAAAAGUCAUUGGGCGGUCUUAGAAGGACUCCCAGACCACGAAGAGCAGAGUUAGUCGGAGCGCCAACUGAUGCACAAACUUCUGAGACGCCAGGAAAGCGACGUUCUAAGCGAUUUUGCUCUAAUGAUGGGGCAAUAUCGAACCUGGACGAGCGAAAACUUCAUGCCCGUAGAAUCACCGAUGGACUUCUUGUGGACUCUCGACGACACACAGCAGAGCUCCAGCGGAAGACGGUUAGGGACUUGUACGAGAACCUAGUUGUGAAUGAGAGCCCUGUAGAUGAAGAAGGGAGUGAAGAGGACAUGACGGUUGUGCAAAAGUGUGUAGAGAAAGAGACCGAGCCUAGCAGUGACAUUGAUGAAAAUUCAGAUGAACACUAUGUCACCAUUUAUACAAGCAAAAGUACAAAUGGGAAGCACAAUUCGGGUGGGAAUCAUGAAGCCACAGAUAAGUCUCAUCUAGACGACAUAGACCAUCCUCAAAUUAAGCCACGUGGUCUGAGCCAAACCCUCAAUGAUUCAUCAAAGGAACCACCGGCGAAAUCGGGAUCGGUGUCAGCAACCAAAGAAAAGUUAGCAGCUUCAAUUGGUCGGUUACCCAUGGGCCUCCCCUCAACUGCGCCUCCUUCACAAGAAAAGGUAGAGGAGGUGAAGCCAGAACCAGAGAAGUUAAAAGGCGUGGACUACUUUUGGAUGGAUCAUGAGAAAAAAGUUGCAUCUCGUACUUUAAAAGUGAAGGAUAGGACAUUCGAUGACCUCGAAAGCUCUGACGAUGAGAAGCCUACUGGGGUUCCAAAGAUUGCAAUAAAUGGCAGUAUUCCACCACCACCUCCUCCCCCGCCGCCACCACCACCCCCUCCACCCAUAGGGGGCACUGGUCGUGGGGCGCCACCACCACCGCCGCCGCCUCCCCCCCCUCCACCUGGUAGGCAUGACAUCAUGCUUUUUAUAUCAUUUCACCCAGGCGGAAUACCCCCUCCCCCUCCUCCACCACUUGGAAAGGGUGUCAACAGCAGCCCCCUGGGCAACUUGCCUCCCCCUCCAGGGGCAAGAAUACCGAAGCAAGGUCGCACUGUCAGGUUGCAUUGGAGUGAAUGGAUUCCAAAGCCGAAGGAUGUUGAAGCCCUCACAAAUGCUGCUAAGGCUUCAAAUAAGGAUAAAGUGGACUUCAGUAUUUCGAAGAAAGGUCCCUUAACUGGUGCCGCGAAGGAAGAACUGCAAAAGAAGGCGAUUGAGGAGCUAAAGGACUCAACCAUCUGGUCCCACGUGGUCCCUGUUAAUCUAGACUACAAACGCAUUGAAGAACUUUUCGAGAACAAAGUGGCUGAAGUCAAAGUUGUGAAACAUGACACUGCAACAAAGAAAAUUGAAAUACUUGACGUGAAGCGUUCCAAUGCAAUCAACAUUGGAAUGAAGGUUCUGCCUCCUUUACGGACAAUAAGCAGUGCUCUCAUUAAAAUGGAUUCUUCCGUAAUUAACAGAGAGGGCAUCGAGCAACUCCUGAACACCAUGUUACCUACAGAUGAAGAGAGGGACAAGAUCAUGGCAGCCAAGAGGGAACAUGGGGACAUCCAAUUGGGUAAAGCCGAAGAAUUCCUUCUCACGCUGUCAGAGGUGUCCCACUUGAAGGCACGACUCGAACUUUGGUUAUUCAAACUCGACUAUGAGACGAUGGAAGCGGACAUCAUUGAUCCGCUGACUGAUCUGAAGCAGGCUGUUUUUGAUAUACAAGAAUCUCAGACUCUGCGAUGCAUCCUCUCUGUUAUCUUGGCAAUUGGUAACUUUCUUAAUUCGAGUGAAUCACGGGGCUUCAACCCGGAAUACCUCGAUCGAUUACCAGAAGUGAAGGAUACGAAGCACAAACACAGUCUACUUCACCACGUGUGUCAGUGCGUCUUGGAACUCUUCCCUGAUAGCACAGACUUGCACUCUGAAAUGGGAGCGGUGUGUCGGUGUCACCGAGUUGACUGGGAUGAGCUCGAUAAACGACUUGUAAAGGUUGAAAAUGACUGCCGCAGAGCAUGGGAGCAUUACCAGACGAUCUACUGCAGCUCUAAUCGAAAUUUCGUUGUCAACAACAAGUUAGCCGAUUUCAUCGCCGAUGCAGCUGACCGAAUUAUUACAAUGAAGAUUGUUAAAAGACGGACAAUCAAACGUUAUCGCCAAUUACUGGUGUAUCUGGGAUACCCCCCAAGUCGAGCAGAGAGCAUGGCCAUUGGCCACUUUUGUCGCAUUUUGGCAGAGUUUUCUCUCGAAUAUCGUACUACACGAGAGCGGAUACUUGAACAGAAUGCCAAGAAAGCCAACAACAAGGAGAGAAAACAAACACGCGGCAAACUAAUUGAUGAUGUUCCGCACAUUCGCACAACAGCGGUCUCCAAACAGCAAGCGGCUGAUGACAUGGAGUUAAGACAAGUACUUUCGAGUAGGCGAGAGUCCAGUAAGUUAUCAUACCCCCUCUUACCCUCGCUGGAACCUAGUUUCCGGCAGUUCAAAUUUAAAGUAUUAUUCGCAGGUGUAAAACGCCACAAGGACCGUGGUUUAAGCCCCUGUUUGCCAAGUGCGGCAUCGGAUCUCGUGAGUGACCGCGACCGACGAGAGGCCAGUGUUCUCCUCGACGCCUGCGAGCGUGCUUCCUCCGUGGCCCCCUCCGGAGGUACUCUCUCGCGAAGGGGUCCUUCAAAAGAGCGUCGGCGAGUACAGGAGCGCACACGACAAGCUAGUAAGAGCGGAUUGAGUACCUGUGGUGAUAUAGGUGGUAGUUAUGAGUUAAGGAACGGGCAUGAACUUAUUCGGUUGCAUUUACUUUUGAAAAAUUGUUCGCAAAUAGCUAUGCAUAAUAUUCAAUGA